ACCACUCCCCAGCUACACGGGCACACGUCGUCCAUCCUCGCCCUCGAAAUCGCCCCCUCCCCUCGCAAUUGGCUCUUCAGCGCGUCAGCAGACGGCACGGUUCGGAUCUGGGAUACGAUCAGCUUGGAGUGCUUGUAUGUGAUACUGGUACAGGGAGACGAUGAGGAGGACAGCAGUGUAGGAGACGUAUUCGCACUGAGGUGGCAGAAGGAGACGGAGACGUUAUUCAUUGGAUGCCAAAAUACGAGCUUGAGAUGGUGCAGCUUGGCCAAGCUGCCGUACUCAAAUAGGAGUAGGAGAGUGAGGGGAGCAAAGGCUACAGACGCUAUCGGCAGAGGAGCUCGUUCACGCGCCUCGGGCAGCGACGACGAAGACGAAGACAACGAGCUCGACGCAAUAUCCUCACCUGCGACGGCUGCGGCAGGCGCGUCCUCCUCAACCUCUCGCUCCUCCGCCAUUCCGAUCCCAACACCUCCCCUCGUGCGGCCACACAAGUUCUUUGACUCAGAUGCGCUACGACAAAGCAACAAUGCAGCGACUGCCCAGGCAUUAGGGCUCUCAUCCUCUUAUCCGUCAAGAACUAGCAGCUUCUCCGGCCCGCCAUCGCCUGGACCUCGUACGCCUCCAUUGAGCAGCAGGAUGGGCCGAUAUCCUUCUCACCAGGGAAGUCCGGGGCCGAGCGCCCCAUCACCGGUACUGCCGGCUGCUCCCAACAUCGAGGCCCCGCCAGCGAUGGGCGCUGAUUCUCAGAAGCCAGCGAGGACUGCACGCUACAUGCAACUUGGCCCCUCCUGUGUCCUUCCCAACGCACACUAUGGAUACAUCUAUGCGUUAGCCCUCUCUUCGUCGCCGUCCAUGACCUCCUCUACCACACCCCCUCUGCUUGCCUCGGGCUCAGGGGACGAGGAUGUUAAAUUGUGGGCUUGUCCCACGCCAUCCUCAUCAACGGCGUCGUCAACGAGCUGCCUAGAGCUGGUCUCCACCCUGCCCGGCUCCUCGACCACUAGCGGCGGAGCAGUCCUUUCACUCGCAACGUGGGGUCAGACCACACUCUUCGCCGGCAAGCAAGACGGCGGAAUAGACGUUUGGGAUCUGGACACGCGCGCUCUCCUGCGAACGUUGGAGGGAGGGCACGACGAUGAUGUGCUCUGCCUUGUUGCGCAAGAGGGUGGGGAAGACGAGGGGGACGGAGCAACUCUCAUCAGCGCAGGCGCAGAUGGGCGCGUCUGCCGCUGGGAUGCUGGCUUUAGGCUGACACAGCGCUGGAAUGCUACGCAGCAUCAGCAUGGCGGAGCGGGCAGCAUUCAAAGCUGCCGGAACCCGCUCGUCCUCGCCACAUUCGAGGCUCGCAGUGGGCUUCCGUCAGCGUCCCCCUCGUCAACAAGGAGAAAGCGUGUGCUAUUCUACGGCCACUACGACGUAAUCACCGCCCCCUCGACUGGAGGUGGGGGAAGUGGCUGGAGGACGGCAUCGCCUUGGACCUUGACGGGGCAAGACGGUUAUCUAUACGGCCGAGGCGUGUCAGACGAUAAAGGUCCGAUCCUAGCGGUCGCCUCUGCAAUUCAGCGUCUCCACUCGCGUCGCAACCUGGAGGUAGAUGUGGUGAUGCUCAUUGAGGGAGAAGAGGAGAGUGGAUCGGCGGGAUUCAGGGAAUGUCUUGAGAGGCAUAAAGGCGAUAUCGGUGAGGUGGACGUGGUGCUGUUGAGCAACUCUUACUGGUUGGAUGAACAGACCCCGUGUGUUACGGUCGGCAUGCGCGGGGUGAUCAAGGCGAGCGUCACAGUCUCCAAGCCAACCAGGCGCCUCGGACACAGCACAAGCGGGUCACGCUGUGACGCCGCAGGCGGCGGAGGUGGGGACGGGGAUGAUGUUCACUCUGGCGUGCAAGGUGGCUCACUACGCGAGCCUAUGCUCGACCUCGUACGACUUCUCGCCCAUCUGUCCGAUGGCGGACAGCGUGUGCUGGUGCCAGGGUUCUACGAAGAUGUGGCGUCACUGAGCACAGGAGAGAUCAAGGAGUACGAAGAGAUCGUACAGGUGCUCAAUGAGAAUGCGGAGAAGGAAGCAGGAAGCAAAAGCGACAGUUCCUCGCCCAGCGUCGACUCCCUCAUGGCCAGAUGGCGCUACCCCUCGCUCUCGCUGCAUGGCAUCACUUCGUCGUCGGCGAGCACCAUCAAGCCGUCCUCCUCUAACACGAUCAUCCCUGCCCGGGCCACUGCUCAUCUCUCACUGCGUCUCGUCCCCAACCAGUCCCUCUCCACGGUACGCAAUCAGCUGGAACAAUACCUCCACGAGCGCUUCGACGCCGCUCAAAUCGAGCUCACCUCCAGCGGCAUAGCGCUCCCUCCCCCACCAGGUCGCAACACACUCACCGUCGACGUCGGCCACGAAGCCGGCUGGUGGGUGGCGGACUCCUCCAGCGCCUACACAUCUGCGCUACGCGAAUCCAUCCGUCAAGCUUGGUCCUCCUCGGACUCUCCUGCUUCCUCAUCGAACAGCCCCACCCUGCCCCUAGCAAUCAGGGAAGGUGGCUCCAUUCCGGCCGUCUCUAUCCUCGAAUCCUUCUUCUCCGCUCCAGCCGUACAUUUGCCCAUGGGACAGGCCAGCGAUAGUGCCCAUUUGAGUGAUGAGAGGAUUCGCUUGUUGAACUUGUUGAAGGGGAGGGAGAUUGUCAUGGGAUGGUUGGGAAGGGUGGCGGCACUU